UUUUUAAUUUUUUUUUCCUUUAAGUUGAUUUUAAGCCAUUUAGGGUAACAUCAAGAUGUCCAGCAGCGUUCCAGCUGAUAUGAUAAAUUUGCGCCUCAUCUUGGUGAGUGGUAAAACGAAAGAGUUCUUGUUCUCACCCAACGACUCUGCCGCAGACAUCGCAAAGCACGUGUACGACAACUGGCCCAUGGACUGGGAAGAAGAACAAGUCAGCAGUCCAAAUAUCUUGCGGCUUAUUUAUCAAGGGAGGUUUCUUCACGGCAAUGUGACACUAGGAGCAUUAAAACUUCCUUUUGGCAAAACAACAGUGAUGCAUUUGGUGGCUAGAGAAACAUUGCCAGAGCCAAACUCUCAAGGUCAAAGGAACCGUGAAAAAACUGGAGAAAGCAAUUGCUGCGUAAUCCUGUAAACCCUGUUAGCUUUACCUGCUAAGUGUGAUGUAAUAUAGUCUUUGUCUUUCAUGCUGCUGGAAUAGAAGAGGCCCUACCUUGCUUCAGACACCUGUAGGAAGAGCCUGUCUGUAAAUCCAUGGAACUGAAAUAUUAAAUGAACACUGUCUCAUUAGUUUUUGGUUCUGUUUUAAAGAGAGAGAGAAAAAAAAAUCUAUGAACGCUUUCAUUGGAUUUUUUUUUUUUUGGUUCUGUUUUUGGCUUUCUUUAAUUCCUGCUCUUUGUUUGUUGAAUAAUCUUACAGUACAUCAGUUCUUGAAAGAACUCAAUCUCCAGAAAAGUUAACGUGGUGGUUUUGGGUUAUGGUUUCUUGUUUUUUUCAUGGCAGGAGUCAUUUUGCUACCACAAAAAAAAACCAAUCUCCAUUCACUGGAUCUAACCAGUCAAGCUUUCUAGAUGCAAUUUGCACUAAAUAUGGUUGACAGUAUAUUCCUCACCAACAACCUCUAACAAUAUUUGAGACACCUAGUAGUAACCUACAAUGUGUAAUGCAACACUGGAAGAUAGUAUAAUUAAAACAAAUUUCACUUACGGCCAAAUCAAAGGGAAAAAAAUCAAACCAGUUCAGUCAGUUCUACCUAAGUCAACCUUGGUGGCCAAACUGGCACAGAAUACUAACUAAAGCAAGUCUAACUAUAUAUAUUUUCACUGCAACAAGCAAACAAAGGAAAACUUAUGUGCCUGUAAUUUAAAAGCACUCUGUAGAGGGCUGAUGAAACUGAUUCUUUUCGUUACUGCGUGCACUCUGAUCUUGUACAUGAGUUGAGUGCUUAUUCAGACAGCACAAACGAGUGCAGGGAGUGCAUUUCCUAGCCUUAAUAUGGGAGGGGUAAUUUCCUGUAGUUCAUAGGCUUUUAUUAUUGUGCAGCAAUGUUAGCAAACCUCAUUUACUAAUCGAUUUUAUGUAUUUGAAUAUUGGCAGUUGGUGUUUUUCAGUCACUUUUCUCAUCUGUACCUUAGCGUCCAGUGUCACGCUUCCUCAUUAGAGACUUUGGAAGAAUUAUUAAGAGAGUUUAAAAAGGCAAAAA